AUGGAUCUUCUGGCUAUGUCAUUCUGUGUAAAAAGCAGUCACAGUCACCUCUCAUUGACUCUGAAGUGUCACCACCUACUUGGAUUUGAGGAGGAAAAGCGAGCCUCAGCAUUCAUACCACCAGCCUUGACCUCUAACCAGUCCUUCCAGCUGCGCAAUUUGCCAGCGUCUCAGCUACACUUGCUCUGCCAACCACUGCGUAAUCCAUAUUGUAAAAUCAAAGACCUGAAGAUGAUUUUCUGCCACCUCACAGUUUCCUGUAGUAGGGACCUCUCCUUAGUAUUUGAAACUAACCAGCAUCUGACAGAUUUGGAAUUUGUUAAAAAUACCCUGGAAAAUUUAGGAAUGAAGAAGCUCCUGUGUGAAGGAUUAAAACAGCCAAACUGCAUCUUACAGACAUUGAGGUUGUUUGCUAGCUUUCUCCCUGAAAGCUCAGAGGCCUUUUGCAAGUAUCUUGCCUCUGUUCUCAUUUGCAAUUCAAACCUCACUGAGCUGGACCUAAGUGAAAAUCCCCGGGGGGACACAGAGGUGAAGUAUCUUUGUGAAAGUCUCAGACAUUCCAACUGUAAAGUGGAGAAACUAGAAUUGUGGACCUGUCACCUGGCUGGAGAGUGUUCUCAGGAGUUGUGCAAUGCACUCUACACCAUUGAACACCUGAGAGACCUUGACCUCAGUGACAAUGCCUGAGGGGAUGAGGGCAUGCAGGUGCUGUGUGCAGGGUUGAAACACCCUUUCUGCAAACUACAGAUCUUGCGGUAAAUUCUUUUCAUUUUUCAUACCAUUGACACAGAUCAUUUACAUGAAGAAACAUUCAGAAAGAUGGAAGCUUUAAAAGUGAGCAAGCCACUGUUGUUUCCACAAAAACACCAGAUAAGACAAGUGGAGAAAGGGAAUGCCAGGCAAGGAAAACAGCACAAAGUACAUGAAGUAGGAGGUAAUGUGGUGCAGGAUUGA